ACUGGGACAACACAACACAACACACUCAUCUUCGGCGCGCCUAAGAAACUCAACCUCCAAAAGAAGCCCAGGGCAAGACGAGGCAACCAUGGAAAGGACCAUACGAACAGAGGCAUGUGCUGCUCUUCCCAACGGUUGGAAACGCGAAGAAGUCACCCGAAAAUCCGGUUUAUCAGCGGGAAAAUGUGACAUCUAUUAUUUCAGCCCCUCCGGUAAAAAGUUUCGUAGUAAACCACAGCUGGCGCGUUACCUUGGCAACUCGAUGGACCUCAGCUCCUUUGAUUUCCGAACCGGCAAACUCAUCGGCAGCAAGCUGAACAAGAGCCGCCAGCGACUACGCCACGACCAGAACAGCCUGAACCGGGGUAAGCCAGACUUGAACACUUCCCUUCCGGUCAGACAGACGGCGUCCAUCUUCAAACAGCCGGUUACCAAGGUAACCAAUCACCCCAGCAACAAGGUCAAGACGGACCCCCAGAAGGCAGUAGAGCAACCUCGACAGCUCUUCUGGGAGCGGAAGCUGAGUGGUGUUGACGUCUACGACAUUGCCGAGGAGCUAGUCAGGAGUAUGGAGUUGCCCAAAGGCAUGCAAGGUGUGGGUCCUGGUUAUUCGGAUAACAAGACUCUACUGUCUGCGAUCGCGUCUGCUCUCCACACCUCCUCGGCUCCCGUGACCGGCCAGCUCUCCUCCGCUGUGGAGAAGAACCCUGGAGUCUGGCUGAACACCAGUCAGCCGCUAUGCAAGGCCUUCAUGGUCACAGACGAGGACAUCAGGAAGCAGGAAGCGUUGGUGAUGGGCGUGCGUAAGCGUCUGGAGGAAGCUCUAAUGGCCGACGUGCUCGCGCACAUCCAGGAAGCAGCGGCCGAUGCAGCGUCACUUAAAGACGAAGAGGAAGAGGAAGAAGAAGAAGAAGAAAAAGAGGAGAAGGAGAAGGAGAAGGAGGAAAAGAAGAAGGAGGAGGAGGAGGAGGAGGGGAAGGAGAAGAACGAUGAAGAGGAGGAGGAAAAGAAAGACGAGGAGGAGGUGGAGGAGAAGGAGAAGGAGGAGAAAGCGGAGGUAUAGCGGGGGUUGUCGAUAAGCUGUCUACCUAAGAAUUCCGCUCCACGAAGCCUUCCCAUUGGUUCCCUUCUCCCCCAGGAAGCCUUCCUAUUGGUUCCCUUCUCCCCCACGAAGCCUUCCCAUUGGUUCCCUUCUCCCCCAGGAAGCCUUUCCAUUGGUUCCCUUCUCCCCCAGGAAGCCUUCCCAUUGGUUCCCUUCUCCCCCACGAAGGAAUUUCAUUGGGACUUCAGGGACCCAUUUUUUGACUGACGUCAGGUGACAGCCAAUGAGAAGCCAUCAGGAAGAACAGUCAUCAACCAACCAGCCUAUCAGCUCUCUCCUUUCACCUUAACAAUGCAGGGCCAGGUUAACUCCCAGGGCUGGAUUUGGCAGCAGCCUAGGGCCCCUCACCUGCCAGGGCCCCUCUCCUGACAGGGCCCCCCCCCCUCCCCGUUUUUUUUUUUUUUUUUUUUCCCCAAAUUGUAGAAUUGUGACAUGAUGUGAUUUUUGAUUAUUAUUUUUUUCUCAUAUGUAAAGCUGAUCUGAGGAAACGUUUCAGUUUUCAGCUGUUGUUGGUCACAUUGAGAUUAAAUAUCAUUCUUUUCAUCAUGGAAAUUUGAUAAAAUAGUUUUGGAAAAUCAUGCUGAAAAUGUGUAAGAAUGAAGCUAUCCCCUCUCUCUCCAUUCAUCACCCUCUCUUCACAUUUACCAUUCUGUUACACUGUGACUACAACUGGUCAAUUUGGGCCGCCAUUCGUGGUCUUUUCUCCCAUUGAAACCCAUUAUAAGAUAUGGCUUUUGAACUACAAAAAUGGCCUCUUCAGGUAGCCUCGUGUGUAGUCUUUUCUCCCAUUGAGUCCCAUGGCUAUUGAGCUACAAGCUGUCCCAGAGUGGCUGGUUCUAGUUCAUUUGGAUGGCCUUAGGCGAGCGAGUCCCUUUCCUCUAUGUGAGUUCAAGGAACAUUUCAGGAAAUUGCAAAUCUGUAUUUAAACCCUGGCAAAUUAUGAGGUUAUAUUUCGAUUUCUUUUUCCUCUAUGAGUAUUCCGUUAUUCUAACUCCCAGUCUCUACUUGUGCUUGUGGCCUUGUGCUUUGCUAAUGUGUACUGUAGUCUUUUCUCCCAUUGAAGCCCAUUACAAGACACUGCUAUUGAACUACAAAAAUGGCCUUGUGUUUCGCUGACGACUCUCCUCUGUGGAGAAAGCAAUAACGUUUCCCCCGCUGUCAGCGUAGACACAACAACUUUCGGGGGACUUUUCCCAACAUCCCCAAAUGUGUAGACUUCUCUCUCAUUGAAGCCCAUUAUAAAACACUGCUAUUGAACUACAAAAAUGGCCGCGAACAAUCGCAGCAAGAUGUUGGAUUAAACUUCCAUCGUCACGUCAGUGAUGUUUUGCGACGUCAUCACAAGGCGACAAGCACAAGGAGAGAACGGGAGAUUCCGUAUUGAAAUGGACCCUUUCUUAACUUCUCGGGACUCCUAUUGUUGUGUAGUCUCUUAUCCCAUUGAGGCCCCCACUAAGACACAGCUAUUGAACUACAAACAUGGCCGUAGACAAUACCAGGUUUUCAAAAUGGCAAUAUGAGAACGGUGCUUUUUUUUUCUUUUUUAAUUAAAAAUUGUUACAUUACUGUAUACAUGUUUUGUAAUGCUUUUUAAGUUGUGUAAAAAUGUUUUUCUUUAAAAAAAAAAAAAUCUUUCAGCAAUUUUCUGAUCUUUGACACAUGUAUGAUAAUACAAUAAUGCACAGUACACUAGCCUAGUGUGUAGUCUUUUCUCCCAUUGAAACCCAUUGUAGGACGUGGCUGUUGAACUACAAAAAUUGCCUCUUCAGGUAGCUAUUUGUGGUCUUUUCUCCCAUUUAAACCCAUUGUAAGAUCUGGCUAUUGAACUACAAAAAUGACCUCUUGCAACUUCAGGUCAAACAGGUGACAAAUACCCAAUUGAUGUCUCUUUUAAGUUCUGAAGUAGAAGAACAGGACACACAGGGCAACGUUUAUUGUUUUGUUUUUUGUAAAGACAAAAAUAUUAAUUAAAAAAACAUGUUUGAUUAUACUA